AUGGAAAUCGAUCGAAUUGAGGAAGCGCAAGCGGGAUCGAGCUCAACGCCGCCUAGAAGGCUGGCGCUGCCAGUGGACGAUGCACAUCCGUUUGAUCUCGAGGGGUACAUCUCAAACUAUUCUGGUCGCUCUGCUAUCGAGAGGCUGAUCCACAUUAUGUGUCUCUGCCCAUCGAUAGCCCCCGAAGCAUUCCAACUUUGCGCUCAGCACAUACACCAAUCGCGCGACCCUUCGAUGUUCCAAUCACUGUUUCAGGCGUACGAGCAGAUCUCGUCGACAAGCGAUGCUUCCCUUCCCAACAUGAUGGACCUGGGGGAGCUGGACACGAAGUGGGCGGACGAGGUGUUGGCCAAGAACCAGGCUGAUCGCACCAAGUUGGAAGUCGAGCUGAAGACGUACAGCAACAAUAUGAUCAAGGAGAGCAUUCGAAUGGCACACCGCGAUUUGGGCGAUUUCUACCGUGCCACUGGCGAUUUUGGCACGUCAUUGAAGCACUACACGAAAUCGCGCGAGUUCUGCACCACGAGCCAACAUGUAUUGGAUAUGUGCAUGUCUAUUCUUGAGCUCCUCAUCGAACAAAGAAACUACGCCCAUUUGACGACAUAUGUUUUCAAAGCCGAUGCUGCCCUCGAUGCUGCCACGGCGGCCAACAAUGCCUCAGGGCCGACAGCACCAGUUCCCACCGUGACCACGGGCGCAAAAAAGAAGUCGGUCGAGCGAGACAAUGUUCAAGCUAAACUUGACCUCGCCACAGCUCUGUCGCAUCUAGGGCAAGGCAGUUAUGAGAAGGCAGCUCAGGCAUUCCUCAAAGUAGGUGCACCAAAAGACCUCGGCGACUGGAUAGGAAAGCUCAUAUCGCCUGCCGACGUCGCCAUCUACGGUACGUUGUGUGCUCUGGCCACCUUCCAACGAUCUGCUGUCAAGUCAAGGAUUUUGGAGAACUCACUGUUCGGAGUGUACAUCGAACAAGAACCUUACGUCCGAGAGCUUAUCGAGUCUUACAUGAACAGCAAUUUCAAAAAUGUUCUGGAGCUGCUUGAGAGAUAUACUACGCGUCACUACACAGAUAUACAUCUUUCCCCACAUGUUGGAGAGCUCACGAAUUCAAUUCGUAACUGGGCGGUUGUCCUUUAUUUCCAACCUUUUGCAACUAUCAAGCUCGACCGAAUGAGUACAGCCUUUGGGUGGACGAUCGAAGAGGUCGAACAACAAGUUGUAAACCUCAUUCAGUCUGGGCUCAUCCAGGGGAGAGUGGAUAGUCAGAACAAGAUUCUCCAAGCGAAGAAGACAGACUAUCGUGCGGAGCUGUUCGCUCGUGCAAUAAAGGCUGGGACAGAGAUGCAGGCUACAAACAGGAAGCUGUUGCUACGCAUGAGGUUGCAACAAGCAGACCUAAUUAUCAAACCCCCGAAAGGCAGUAAUCAUCCUGGCAAUGUGGUGGAGUUUUUCACCGGAGAUUAA